AUGGUCAAAACACUCCCCUUCAGCGAUAUCCAAGUGCCUUCCCCCGGCUUCGGUGCCAUGGGCUUGAGCUUCGGCUUGGGCACCAAUCUCUCACUCGAGCAAGCGGAGCCUGUCCUUCUGAAAGCGAUUGAACUAGGAUGUACCUUCUGGGAUACCGCUGUCGUCUACCAAGCUGGUGUGAACGAAAAGCUUCUCGGGGAUUUCAUCCGGAAACACAAUGUCCGAGAUAAACUUUUCAUUGCGUCAAAAUGCGGUUUUGACGUCUUUGGCGACGGUUCCGUCACCAAUUCCGCUGCUCACAUCAAGAAGUAUAUCGAUGGUACCAUCGAGCAACUUGGCUUCGCGCCCGACCUCUACUACUUGCACCGAAUCGAUCCUAAAACACCACUCGAGGAGUCGAUCCCCGCCCUCGAUGAAAUUCGCAAGACCGGCAAGACCAAGUAUAUUGGUCUCUCGGAGUGUUCGGCUGCGACACUGCGCAAGGCCAACUCAAUCGCCAAGAUCGAUGCCGUGCAAGCGGAGUAUUCUGCAUUCGAGACCAUCCAUGAGACUGAUGGUCUCAUUGACGCAUGCAGAGAGCUAGGAGUAGCUUAUGUCGCGUACAGCCCUCUAGGACACGGCUGGCUUGUCGACGACUUCCAGUACAAGACUCCUGAUGACUUUGCCCCGGAUGAUUUCCGCCGGAAAAGCCCCAAAUUCCAAGGGGAAAACUUCUACAAGAACAAGGCAAUCGUGGAAGAGAUCCAAAAGCUUGCUGCUCGGAAGAAUUGCACGACCAGUCAGAUAGCACUGGCCUGGGUCGCAGCGCAGGGCUUCAUUGCUAUUCCCGGUACGACCAAGGCUAAUCGACUAGAGCAGAACUGGGCGUCCAGGGAGAUUGAUUUGACCGAGGAGGAAAAGCAAGAGAUGCGGAGAAUCAUUGACGUGGCGAAGCCGCAUGGGAACAGGUACGGGCCUGAGCAUCAGGCCAUGGUGGGACAUUGA